AUGCAUGUGCUUCUUUCAGUGGUGAUGGGGUUUAACAUGAAAAAUGAAGAGGUCCUCAAACAAGUAGUUGACGCCUGUUUGUCGCACUUCAGAUACCCAGAGCCACACAAUCCAAUGAAUAAAUCCGUUGAGAUGAUAUUCAAUUUCCUUGUGACUUACAUUGGCGACGCAAUUUGGUUCACACAGAAAGGUGCUGUGACAACACAGGCAUUACAGUACAGACUAUCUGUUCAAAUAACUGGCUCAAGAAAUCCACUUGCGGUAUAUAGUGUGGAGUAUUUGAGAGGGUUUAGUCUAUUUGCAUUGAAACAGUGGUUUGAAAGUAAGAAAUUAGUACUCAUUAUGUAUGCCCUUCACGUCUUGGAUUACAUUCUCGACUCUCGAAACCAUCAAGAAAGUAUUCAAGACUGUAUGUACGCGUUCAAUUCAAGAACUCCGGAAUUGGGUAGUCCACCUCCUCACAACUUUAUUGAUAUCUUUAAAAUGGCAAUCUUGAACCUUGCUAAUAGUGACCAACUGAAAAUGUUCAUUGCCAUACUCCAAAGAUGUCGAACAGAAGAGUGUACCACUUACUUCACUGAGAAACAAAAUACUGUUCUAAACAAUAUUUAUGUGUUGUGCGAUAAUAAGGUUAAAGUGCACGUGGAUACCCCUUACUUCAAAUUUAUCUUCUCACAAGAAGAUAUUGCAGAUAUCGAGAAAAUACCAAUAACUCCACAAAUUGAUUUAAAUGGCGAGGAAUUUCCGUCGUUUUUAACAGUAGUUCCUCCAGUCGUUACUCAAACAAGAAACACCGAAAAACAAAUACUCAAACGAGAUACUAGUCAGAGGAGCAGGUCAAGGUCGCGAGAGAGAAAUGAAAGUCGGCGGUGGGGGGAAGACGAGAGAAAUUCAUUUUCUCUUGCGAAAUUGCCAAAAGCCUCGAAGAUGCGACGAGAAAAAGAUUCGCGAGAUGACAGAUAUUCAAGAGACUAUGAAGGGUAUCGAGAGGUGAGUUAUGUGCACAAGGGGUCAAGAGACAAUUCUUUAAACUCCGAGAAAAUUGAAAAGGGGAAGAAGGAGAAUACCACAUUGCAUCUAAGAAUAACGGUGAAAGAAGUGUCGGAGAUGGCUGAUUUACUCAAACUCUUAAACGAACCAAAAGGGGCUCGAGCGUUUGGGAUGGUUGACAAUAUCUUUACCAUUCUCUUUGAGAGUGAAAAUGGAGUGAACCAAUUUUUGAAGGCUUGGAAUAGGAAUUAUGAGAGGUACUAA